AGAGACACGUGCAGGCGAAUGUGGAUAACGUGAAUCUCUCUACUGGAAAGAUCUCUUAAAUCUUAUCUCUUCAUGCCGUCGUUCAGUUCUGGUGACAUAUCAUUAAAAGCAUAUUAACUACAUGUUUAUAUGCCUUUCAUGCGGAUCCAGAAAAUAUCAAAGGAAUAGUUAAAAUCACAUACAUUCUGUACAGCUGUGUAGUUAAAUCAUCAAUAUGGCCCGUGUGAAGGACAAACACUGGAAACCAAAGGAUAUAUUUCUACUGCCCAACACCUUCAAAAAUGGAGAUUCAUAUCCCAACAAAGGACAUCAGAAGGCAUUAGAAACCGGCGGAUAUGGAAGCUGCAAUGUUGAAGGCGGCUUAGAUCGAUCUUGGACCAUAGACCAACUUGUGGACGAGGUAAGAGGCCAGUUUCCUCGUCACGAGGCUGAACUCGCUAAGACUGGGAUCGAAUUCGCCCAAAUCACCCCGAAUUCCAAGAAGAUCAACGUCCAUGUCCUUGUCAAGGGUGAUACUGUCGCUGAUCUAGAGAAAAGCCAUGGCAGCGGAAUCUUGGUAAUUCUUCAAAAGGCAAGAAAUGCGUCACUAAAAACGGUGCCAAAACAAUCGAAAAGCACGCCUCAUGUCAAGCUGGAGAUCAAGUCCCCGAAGAAGCCACAGAGCCAAAUACGAAUAAAAUCCGAACCAACGUCACAUAACGCUCCGCUUAACCAGGUCCAGUAUGAGUUGGACAUCUUGGCGCAGUCAGGAGGGAUCAAGAUUGCUCAUCUGAAUUGCCAGUCUCUUUGUAACAAGAAAGACGAGCUGAAACUCCUUCUGCUUUGUCGGACAGACAUCGAUGUGAUGACACUGAGCGAGACUUUUAUGAGACCAAACGACUCGAACGGCAGCUUCAGUGUCCCCGGUUACACCAUUUUGGCACGAAAAGAUGGUGUGUCCAAAGACAGCGGUAGGCCCCGCGGUGGUGUUUUGACAUAUGUCAAAGUCAGUUUAGCGAGAUCUGCAAGAAAGUGUUCUGUCGACCUUGAGGAAGGCUUAGAAGCAGUCUGCGUUGACGUUGAGCUUGAUGACGAUGGACCUAGCAAAAGGCUGACGGAUCAGGCCAAUUCCGGUGCAUGUGUGAAGAAGGCUCUUCUUAGAAUUGUCAAUGUGUAUGUGCCGCCAGGAACAAGGGGACAGAUUGUCCUGUUGAAAAAGCUGCAAAGAAGUAUGGAUAUUCUGAGAGGAGCAGAUAAAUGUUGCAAGCCAACAUCUUCCAGAGGAAUUUGUGACAAGAAGCAUUCUUGCAGUUGUAAAACGAGCUAUGUGAUACUUGGCGAUUUCAACUGCGAUCGAAAAACUCUUGCGGAAUGUAAAGUCAUGGGGUCGGUGAUGGGAGAGAAAGUCCAAACGCUCGAUGAACUUGAAAGUAGCCAUCACUUGACACAGUUGAUAAAAGGUUUUACACGGGUUGAUUUGCGGAAAGAAAGAGGUCGGGAUACGUAUAAGAAAACCGAAAGCUUGAUUGACUUGGUGUAUACUGAUGACACAGCCAGUGUCAUAGCGUCCGGGGUGGUUCACAUCGGUAUGAGUGACCACUUUAUGGUGUACUGCGCUUGGGGACGUGAUAGGAAGAAGGGUCUUCGUAAGGCAACCCGGUUUCCGACGCAGGAUGCUGCCUUUCGGCAAUUUUCUACCAAGGUCAAUAGCGACAUCGAUCGACGUGUGUAUGACUUGAUUCGUGAUCGCGACUCUGCUAUCGCAAGGGAAGACUGGGACGAGUACGAGAGACUAAAAGAUGACAUCAAGAUAGCUAAGAAAAAUAACAAAAAAGAUCAGAAGCAAAACGAAAAGGCAAUGAAGACAAAAUGACUUACCUCAAAAAGGAGAUAGUGAUGACCCGAGUCAUAUGGCUCCACAAACUGUAGACACGUGCUAGGUCUGUCGGGAGUUAUCACAAUCAUACUUCUCUCAUGUACUUUUCGGUCUCGCGGACAGAACUCAGUUUAGAAUUGAAAUGAACCCUGCAUGGCUCCGUUUUUCAGAUUUCUUCCAGAGAUCCAAUGGCUGUUUAAACCCUUCUCUUGAAUUAAUAGGCAAAUUUGGGUGGAGGAACUCAUAUCUAUUAAUAUAAUAGUUACGACAUGGGCUGUUUGUUUUCUUCAUUUCUUAGCUGCUGCCCAGUUGUUAAUUAUAUGUUGAAUGUACAUUUAUAUGCAUAUUUUGUUCUCAUUUCUCUAUGUUACUCGUUCUAAUUCUAUCCCUCUGCGCCUCAGAAUAGUUUUAGAUCGAUGGCUCAUAACAAAUACUGUAUUUAUUAUCAUAUUAUUGUUGAUUUCUGUGCCAAGUAUCGUAUUUACACAAUGUAUUUGAUAGAAAACGUUGUUAUGUUGUUGUUGUGUUGUUAGAUAGUGUCAGGGUAAAAGGAAUUAUAUAUGUAUUUAGGAGUAAGCACUACAAUAGAUGGCAAUAAUGAAAACUCAGUGGAAUAGAAAUCAAUUUUAUAUUUUGCUAUAGAUUCAUUGACUUUACGUCAUCUCUCAUUGUUGGGACACUCAUGAGAUUAUACAUGUACAUGCAAAAAUGCGUGAACUAAUUUUACGUGAACCAUUGUGAGUCAUAAAUUACAAGAUUUGAAAUUCAAUAUAUUACAAUUUAUUUGAUAUUUAUUUUAUUUAAUAUUGCGUAUCAAAAAGAUAUAUGUAAAAUAUUCCAUACAUAUCUAACAGAUUAUCACAUUAUUUUCCUAUGUGUACGUACGGAGUGUUUCACUGUAUAGUGUUAAUCCUUAAACAUUAGAGUCGUAUUUUGGUAGCUUUAUUUUGUGGAUGUACAUUUAAUAGAAAUAACCAAAAUGAAAUUUACUUCCAAAAUAAACAUUAUACCUCAAUCAGAUUAAAGAUAGGCUUAUAGGCCUACUGCCCUCUCACGUC